AAUUAGCUGACAAUACAAAUUGUCUGAAGGUAGAUAACUUAUGUCUGGUGGAAAUGUGCCGACUGAUUGGUCCACAGGUGCAGGUUGAUGUUAGCUUCGCUCUUGAUUCUACACUUAAUCAUUGAGAUUGCCCUAGCCAGAACAUGUAAAGGUCGAUGUGAGUACUACCACCAUGCUCUAACGCCAUAUGCCUUCAUUCCCUCUGUCCGCUCAAAGACUACAUCACAAUGUCUAUAUUCAGCGGAUUCGCGAGUGUCGCUACUCGCAGAAGAGCGGUUCUACAAGAUGAUAAUGGAUAAAUACGCACAGGUAGACCAGUUGCUGGCGAGCCACUCCGAUCCCAAUGACCCUUUGCAAUUGCGACUCAACUUCGUUGAAUGUACUUCAAAUCACAAGCUAGGGGAAAUGCUUAGGAAACAUAGUGAUAGCAAAAAACACGCACUUUCCGUCAUUGCUGAUAUGAAACGUCGCACGCCCACUCACCACCCAAAGUGCGACAAUAGCGUGCUCAGCUAUGUACACGCUCCAGAAGUUGCCAAAAACAUGGCUGAAGUAGGUUUUGACGUUGUUUUCAUUAACACUGAUGAAACCGUCUAUGGAGGACACGUAUCGGAAAUAUACGAAUGCUUCCUCGAGUUGCGGAAACUGGGACGUAGAAUUCGACCUGCCAUAGUCAUGAAGGAUAUUAUAUUGCACCCUAUACAAGUGGCACAGGCAGCUGAACUUAGAGCUGAUGGAGUUCUACUAAAUGGUCCAUUACUGGGAUAUACCCUUAAGAGUAUGUUAGAGGCAUGUGAAAAUAUGGGCAUUGAGGCUAUUGUGGAAGUGCAUACGGGAGCUGACGCACUAAAGGCUGUAGAUGCUGGAGCACAGCAUCUAAUGGUAAACCAGUGGGAUAGAGUAAGUAACCAGUUACGACCUACCAGAGCACUGGAGUUGAGGGAAGUAGUAGGCGAUAAAAUAACACUAAUCGCAGCUGGAGGGCUUAUCAAUAUCCAACAAAUACAUGAACUAGGUUUAAUUGGAUAUGAUGCAGUUGUGUUAGGCCGCAGGUUAAUGUAUCAAGAUAUUCCUGAAUUAGUACAACAAAUAAAAUCAUGGAAGGCACCAUGUAAGUCCAUACUGAGGAUGAGUAAAACGCUCUUCUUUGAUUUUGACUAUACACCCGAAAAUGGACUGCGUAGCAUCAAGUUGAAGCCAGACCAUACAACACUACUCAACGAGAUGAACGCGUUCUACAAUAAUGGAGAUGUAGAUAUGGCAGAACUACUGAAGAGCGUUAACAACGUAACCGACAAUAACAUCGAGCAGCUAAACUCUGAAACGGGUGAACAGUACCUAGAGAAAUUAAUCAAGGAAAAUGAUAAGGUAGUAACCAUUACAUACGGGAAUCCCGUUAAUACAUGCUAUGUCAAGAACAUCCUCUCAACUGUGGAAUCACCCGAUUGUAUGAUAGAUUAUGAUGAGGAACUGCGUAAAAUGCGUUUAUCACGUGAGGAAAGACGCCUUUUCGUAGAAUGUGAAAAGUGGGUUGAUCGGAAUAGACAUCUCUAUAAAACAAGAGAUGAUGCAUACGAUGCAUAUGCGUUGAACAACGCACUUGAAAUGUAUAACAAGUAUCUUAAAUUGGACAUUGAAAGAGCCUUACAGAUGCAUUCCAAGGAGUACAUAGAAGAGGUGGGUAUAACACUACGAGAGAAUUUGGAAGCUGCCUAUAAGCACGCACCCCGUGAUGAACAAGGGAAGGUCAUCCUCCCAAAAGAAAUGACGUAAUAUGUAUUACAUGAAUUAGA